AUGGCCGACUACGAAGAUGCUUACGAGGAUGAGUACUACGAUGAUAUGGACGAGGGCAUCACCUCGGAGGAUUGCUGGACGGUCAUUUCGUCUUUCUUCGACACCAAGGGUCUAGUGUCACAACAACUGGACUCUUUCGAUGAAUUUAUCUCGUCGACAAUGCAAGAGCUGGUGGAGGAACAAGGCCAAGUAACACUCGACCAGACUCUCCCUCCCUCCGAAGAUGAAGUCGAUCCCGUGGUUGUCCGCCGAUACGAGCUGAAGUUUGGAACCGUCAUGCUCUCUCGACCGUCCGUUACUGAGGGUGAUGGUGCGACCACUAUCAUGUUGCCCCAGGAGGCUCGCCUGCGUAAUCUUACAUACGCUAGUCCCCUCUAUCUCGGUGUUACGAAGAAGAUUAUGGAAGGUCGCGAACGUCUGGUCGCCGACCGAGAUGAUGAUGAUAUGGCCGAAUCGACUGAGGAUAAAAAAGCUCACGGGACUUACCUGCAGUGGGAGCAGAAGGAGCUCCCUGCUGACCAGGCUAAGGAGGAGACCGUUUUUAUUGGAAAGAUGCCAAUCAUGCUCAAGUCCAAGUACUGUAUCCUCAAGGACUUGAGCGAGCAAGCUCUUUACAACUGGAACGAGUGCCCUUACGACUCUGGUGGUUAUUUCAUCAUUAACGGAAGUGAAAAGGUGUUGAUCGCCCAAGAGCGCAGUGCUGGAAACACGGUUCAAGUCUUCAAGAAGGCACCACCUAGUCCCACGCCCUAUGUCGCGGAAAUUCGGAGUGCCGUCGAGAAGGGAUCAAGACUCCUUUCUCAGUUGUCCCUGAAGCUGUUUGCCAAGGGUGACAGUGCCAAGGGUGGAUUUGGUCCUACGAUUCGGUCGACUUUGCCUUACGUGAAGACCGACAUUCCCAUCGUCGUUGUGUUCAGAGCCCUUGGUGUGGUUUCUGAUGAGGAUAUUCUGAACCACAUUUGCUACGACCGGAAUGACACGCCGAUGUUGGAGAUGCUGAAGCCUUGUAUUGAGGAAGGUUUCGUUAUUCAGGACCGUGAGGUGGCGCUGGAUUUCAUUGCCAAGCGUGGAUCGUCUCAGUCUAGUAUGAACCACGAGCGUCGUGUCAGAUACGCACGCGAAAUCAUGCAGAAGGAGUUCCUUCCCCACAUCUCUCAGAGCGAAGGUAGCGAAACCCGCAAAGCCUUCUUCCUGGGUUACAUGGUACAUAGGCUCCUGCAGUGUGCUUUGGGCCGUCGGGAUGUCGAUGAUCGUGACCACUUCGGUAAGAAGCGUCUCGACUUGGCUGGUCCUCUUCUUGCAAAUCUUUUCCGAGUUCUGUUCACUCGUGUCACUCGUGACCUUCAGCGGUACGUGCAGAGAUGCGUGGAGACGAACAGGGAGAUUUACUUGAACAUUGGUAUCAAGGCCAGCACCUUGACAGGAGGUCUGAAGUACGCUCUUGCCACGGGUAACUGGGGAGAGCAGAAGAAGGCAGCCAGCGCCAAGGCUGGUGUAUCUCAAGUGCUCAGUCGUUACACCUAUGCCUCUACGUUGUCCCACCUUCGUCGUACCAAUACACCAAUUGGCCGUGACGGUAAGAUCGCCAAACCUCGUCAGCUCCACAACACCCAUUGGGGUCUUGUCUGUCCAGCUGAAACCCCUGAGGGUCAAGCUUGUGGUCUGGUCAAGAACUUGGCGCUCAUGUGCUACAUCACUGUUGGUACGCCUAGUGAGCCCAUUAUUGAUUUCAUGAUUCAACGCAACAUGGAAGUGCUUGAAGAGUUUGAGCCGCAGGUGACGCCAAAUGCGACUAAGGUGUUUGUCAACGGUGUCUGGGUGGGUAUUCAUAGAGAUCCCGCGCACCUGGUGAACACCAUGCUCUCCCUCCGUCGCCGGAACAUGAUCUCGCACGAGGUCAGUUUGAUUCGCGAUAUUCGUGAGCGAGAGUUCAAGAUCUUUACCGAUGCUGGACGUGUGUGUCGACCACUGUUCGUCGUCGACAAUGAUCCCAAGAGCGAGAACUGCGGCUCGCUGGUACUGAAUAAGGAACACAUCCGCAAACUGGAGCAAGACAAGGAUUUGCCCCCCGAUCUGGAUCCAGAAGAUCGCAGGGAGCGCUACUUCGGUUGGGAUGGUUUGGUGAAGUCUGGUGUCGUCGAGUACGUCGACGCCGAGGAGGAGGAGACGAUCAUGAUCGUGAUGACACCGGAGGAUCUGGAGAUCUCGAAGCAACUUCAGGCCGGUUAUGCCCUUCCCGAAGAAGAGCUGCACGAUCCCAACAAGCGUGUCCGUUCCAUUCUGAGUCAAAAGGCGCACACCUGGACACACUGCGAGAUUCACCCCAGUAUGAUCCUGGGUGUCUGCGCCAGUAUCAUUCCUUUCCCCGACCACAACCAGUCUCCUCGUAACACCUACCAGUCUGCCAUGGGUAAACAAGCUAUGGGUGUGUUCCUGACGAACUUUGACCAGCGCAUGGAAACCAUGGCCAACAUUCUGUAUUACCCGCAGAAGCCUCUGGCGACAACACGGUCUAUGGAAUUCUUGCGGUUCCGUGAGCUUCCUGCCGGCCAGAACGCCAUUGUUGCUAUUGCCUGUUAUUCCGGUUACAACCAGGAAGAUUCGGUUAUUAUGAACCAGAGCAGCAUUGACCGUGGUCUUUUCCGCAGUCUGUUCUACCGUACAUACACCGACAGCGAGAAGAUGGUCGGACUCACAGUCGUUGAACGCUUCGAGAAGCCUAUGAGAUCGGACACGAUCGGUAUGAGAAAGGGUACCUACGACAAGCUUGACGAGGACGGUAUCAUUGCUCCUGGUGUUCGUGUAUCCGGUGAGGAUAUCAUCAUCGGUAAGACGGCGCCAUUGGCACCCGAAGCGGAGGAACUUGGUCAACGUACCAAGGCCCACACCAAGCUGGAUGUGUCGACUCCUCUCAGAAGUACGGAGAACGGUAUCGUGGACCAGGUCUUGGUGUCUACGAGCAACGAUGACCUGAAGUUUGUGAAGGUGCGCAUGAGGACGACCAAGAUUCCCCAGAUUGGAGACAAGUUCGCUUCGCGUCACGGACAGAAGGGUACCAUCGGUAUCACAUACCGUCAGGAAGACAUGCCUUUCACUCGGGAGGGUGUGUGCCCCGACUUGAUCAUCAACCCUCACGCCAUUCCGUCCCGUAUGACAAUCGCGCACUUGAUCGAGUGUCAACUCAGUAAAGUGUCAUCGCUGCGUGGAUUUGAGGGAGAUGCGACGCCAUUCACUGACGUUACGGUCGACUCGAUCUCUCGUCUCCUGCGGGAGCACGGAUACCAGUCCCGUGGCUUUGAGGUGAUGUACAACGGACACACUGGACGCAAGCUGGUUGCGCAGGUCUUCCUGGGACCGACGUACUACCAGCGUCUGCGCCACAUGGUCGACGAUAAGAUCCACGCCCGUGCGCGUGGACCGACUCAGAUCUUGACGCGACAGCCGGUGGAAGGUCGUGCUCGUGACGGUGGUCUCCGAUUCGGAGAGAUGGAACGCGAUUGUAUGAUUGCGCACGGAGCCAGCGCUUUCCUGAAGGAGCGGUUGUUCGACGUGUCCGAUCCUUUCCGGGUGCACAUCUGCGACGACUGUGGCUUGAUGACCCCUGUUGCGAAACUCAAGAAGGGACUCUUCGAGUGUCGACUGUGUAACAACAAGCACCGAAUCUCCCAGGUGCAUAUCCCGUAUGCAGCCAAGCUUCUGUUCCAAGAGCUGGCCUCGAUGAACAUUGCCGCUCGCAUGUUUACCAACCGGUCUGGCGUGUCCGUGCGGUGA